CCCUCUCUCCCUCUCCCUCUCUCCCUCUCCCUCUCUCCCUCUCCCUCUCUCCCUCUCCCUCUCUCCCUCUCCCUCUCUCCCUCUCCCUCUCUCCCUCUCCCUCUCUCCCUCUCCCUCUCUCUCUCUCUCUCUCCGAACAUAUGCCUCUCCCCAUUCACGACCCAGUGAUUCAGUCUAUGGCCUCUCCCACAACCCUCUUCUCUCCCUCAGCUCAGCUCUCGCCAAUAUGAGGCUGUGCCCGUGGUGGAUCGGCGGUCAGAAAGCUUAAUACAGCUACUACUGCCAGCGGUCGGAAUAACAAUAAAUCCUGUAACUUAACUUAAAUAUAACUUAUAUACAAAGCUCCUUCCCGGCGACCGUCCCCUUGGUUCCGACAUAGACGCCGUUUCUUCGCUAUGGGAUUCCCGCCGUCAACCACCAACGCGCUCUCGCCGGAGCAUGUGAAUUCCCACGACGACUACGAUUCAGAUGACGACUCCGACUACUAUUUCCACACAUAUGCUCCCCUCUCGUGUUUUCCCACGCCUCCGCCUUCAUCACACACCUCAAGUCCACCCUCGCCGUUCCCCGAUACCUCGUCCGACUGCUCGCUGGACUCCAGUUUACGAGGACCAGCAACUUACCUCUCCAACCUCAUCCCCUGCGCCGCCUCCCUCCUCUCGCCCUCGCCAUCCCUCACCCACACCCUUCUCACCCACGCAAACCUCGCUAUAGAAACCCUCGCCCUAGCAGCCUGCAUCCUCGACUCCCUCACCCCCCGCUUCGCGACCCUCUGGCGCCGCUCUCUCCCCCUCCACACCCUCCCCACGGACUCCCAACACAUCGACACCGUCCGCCCCGAAAUCAUCAUCCUCGCCGCCGUAAUGAUAGCCCACAAAUUCCUCGACGACGCUGGGGCGAGGACAAGGACUUAUAGCGAGGUUGUUGGGGGUGGGAGGUGGAGCAUGGAUAUGCUGAAUGUCACUGAGCGCUGCGUUGUGGAGAAUCUAGGGUGGAGAAUUGCCAGGUUAUGGAGGGGAGAGCUGAUUGAGGGCGCGGAGGAGGAUAUGAGGAGGGCGGGGAUGGUGUGGGAGAUGGCGGGGAAGAGGGUUGGUGGUGGGGCGAGGAUGAAGGGGGGGUUGUUGACGCCUGUCGAAGGGGUGGUGGGGGAGGAUCUUGCUUGUUGAGAGGAGAGGCCUGUUGAGUCUGUUUGGAGAGAGCAUUUGCUGGUUAUUUGCCGGCUGGUUGGCGUUUUGGAGGAGCGUGUUGUUCGUUGAUUUUGGAUUUUGGCGCAAACGGAUGCAUUUAUGGGCGCUGCUGGCUGGUUGUAAGCCAUUCUGGAGGCCCAGGGGCGCUUGGGAAGCGAAGCAAAUUGUGGCUGGCAUUGAGGGAGAGAGUACUCUGCCGUUUUGAUAUUAUGAUACCCUGGAACAUAGUACGUCGUAUACCUAAAGAGGGCAAGGAUGGAUGGAACCUAAUGAAUGGAUUAUCGAUAUUUUACUUCUCUUCGCUGGAAGCUUGAUGGAGAUGUGUUUGGUGAAUGUCAUGUGAAAGGUCCUCGAUGAUAUUCGCAUUGCAGUGACUUGCUGUCUUAGUUAUGGUCAAGAACUGAGCCAAGGGUACCCUGGAUCUCUACACCAGUGUACACAUGGUUUGGGUCCAUGAAAUUAUAGCGUUGGUGUCAUCAUCAGAUUCGCUAUCAAUCCCGUGUGGGAUAUAC